CUGCUCUGGUUUGAGGAGAGAAACUAAUUUGGAAACAGCUGUGGUCAAACAGCCUCACUGAGAGGGUUGGUGUAGGCUCCUGAUGUGCUUUUGAUAGCAACUGACACAAAAGAAUCUGACAUAUGUCAGCGCUCCUGGCUUGGAGGAGGAAGAGGGGGAGGGGAACGUGGCCUCUGGAUAGAUCUUGUUCUAGACGCUGCAAAAUAAACUGCAAUACUUGGAGACCAUGGCUGCAGAUCCACUCUCAGAGCUUCAGGAUGACCUGAACUUGGAUGAUACCAACCAGUCCCUCAGCCAGCUCAAACUGGCCUCCAUAGAUGACAAGAACUGGCCUGCAGAUGAAGACCCUGCUUUUCCCAAAUCAGAAGACUCCAAAGGCUCCCCUGAGGCUGUCACUCACCUGCGGUGGGAUGAUCCCUACUAUGAUAUCGCCAGGCACCACAUUGUGGAAGUAGCAGGUGAUGACAAAUAUGGAAGGAAAGUCAUUUUGUUCAGUGCCUGUCGGAUGCCCCCAAGUCAUCAGCUCGACCAUGUGAAACUGCUGGGGUACCUGAAAUUCACACUGGACCAGUAUGUGGAAAGUGAUUACACUCUGGUGUAUCUACACCAUGGCCUGACUAGUGAGAACAAGCCAUCCCUGAGCUGGCUGCGGGAUGCCUACAGGGAAUUUGAUCGCAAGUACAAGAAGAACAUCAAAGCCUUGUAUAUUGUGCAUCCAACCAUGUUCAUCAAGACCCUUCUGAUUCUCUUCAAGCCUCUGAUCAGCUUUAAGUUUGGACGAAAGAUUUUUUAUGUGAACUUCCUUAGUGAGCUGGAGGAGUAUGUAAAGCUGGAACAGUUGGGAAUCCCGAGUCAAGUGCUGAAGUAUGAUGAAUAUCUCAGAUCCCUCCAGAAACCUUCGCAAGUGCCCCAGAAGCCAAUGUCUCCACACACACCACUGGCAAACCAGCAGUUUGGAGUCUCGCUCCAACAUCUCCGGGAGAAGAGCCCUGAUCAGUCUCCUGUUCCCCUGGUAGUCAGAGAGACCAUUGCUCAUUUGCAGGAGCAUGCUCUUGCGACAGAAGGGAUUUUCCGGAGAUCAGCAAACACACAGGUUGUCAGAGACGUCCAGCAAAAAUACAACAUGGGUGUGCCGGUAGAUUUCCAGCAGUAUGAAGAUGUCCAUCUCCCUGCUGUGAUUCUCAAGACCUUCUUGAGAGAGCUGCCUGAGCCCCUCCUCACUUUUGGCCUCUACAACCAUGUUGUCAGCUUCCAGAGUGUGGAAGAAGUGAAUCGUGUGGAUGUCGUUCGCAAAGCACUCCAAAAUCUGCCAGAAGAAAACUACCAUGUGCUCCGUUUCCUGACAGCCUUUCUGGUGCAGGUAUCCGCUCACAGUGACAGAAACAAGAUGACAAACACCAACCUGGCAGUUGUGUUUGGCCCAAAUCUGCUGUGGGCCAAAGAUGUAGCCAUCACCUUAAAAGCCAUCAACCCGAUCAAUACCUUUACCAAGUUCCUGCUGGAUCACCAGAAGGAGCUCUUUGAGGAUGUGGAGGCCUGAUUCCCGGCCAGCCCACACCAGCACACUGUGCCCACCUUCCCACCCUUCCCACCUUGUCUUGGGGCUGUGACCAAGCUGUCUCCAGUACAAAGGGACUGUUGAUCUCCUGGGUGAUGAGCAGAAUGAGGGCUGUGGAGAUGGUGGUGAAAGUGUAAGCAAGCUGGAGACCUGCUGCUCCAGAUGGGGAUGGGAGCUGGUCUCCCAGCUACUGUGUGGAGUACUGCCUCACCUGCCAGUCUGUGCAGCUUCUCCAGGGCUCAUCACCAGCCUGCUGCCCUAUAAGAUGACCAGCCAUCCUUUCCUCCUUCCCUCACAAAUGGUUUUUCUGCCCUCCUGUCCCUUCCCUUCCUCAGCAAAAAUCUUUUUUUGUUGUUUAAACUCCCAACAGCCCCAUCUCACUCUCCUUGUUUCAGCUGGGCUGUCAGGGCUCGGGCAAGACUCGCUCGGUAUGUGGCACAGAUGUUCUUGCUGUAGGUGCCAUUUUUCUGCACUGAAAGUGCAUUCUGCCUUUCACCAGGUGCAUCUGAAACACUGAUUGGAGCAGGCAGCCCUUGUGCUUCAGGUACUUGUCCUGCACUUGUAAACACCACUUUAGCCACAAGUUUUUGGCAGGCAAGUGAAGGAUGGGUUCUACAGCACAUGGGCUGUAUAGACCUGCCAGACUGCAACACACAGAAGCUCAAUUUAGCCCAAGCCCCUCUGGAGUCACCCACUCCAGCUACUCUUCAGCUUUUGCUGGGGUGAGUUUCCUCCUGUAGUUAUCCAGCUCAGGUGUUUUCUGUCCCUUCAGCAGUAUUUCCAGCCUGGUUUGGAAGGUGCGUGUCAGACCUGGCUGUGCAUGGGUUCUGGCUGGGGUCCUUUCUCAGAUGGGAGUCUGAUUGCAAGGAGAAAGUGCCCACGUGGCACAGGACUGCUGAAAGUACGAAGAUCGCUGCCUUUCCCUCUGGCAGCAACACGAGGCCUCUUCCUUCAGGCAUGUGCAUCUGUGCUGACAGACACAGACUGCCUUGGUUGUUUCUUCUCUUCAGUUUGAGCAGAACUUUCUCUAGCACAAUGUAACAGUGAAUGUGGCCUUAGGGGAAGGUCUAGGGACUGGGGCUAACCCUCACUCUGUAGUGUACCAGGCCUGGUUUACAAGUUUCUGCCCAGGUGCUGAGCACUCCUGUGCCAAAGCUGUGAGGGAACAGCUAUUCCUUCAGAGGGCAUUGCCUUCUCUCUUCCUCAGUUCCUUUGCCUUCCAUCCUCUCAUGGAAGCCUCAUGUGGUGUAUCCUAUAUGCUCUGGGCAUGCCUGGAGAAAUUGGAUUGUCUGCAAGGCAGGCGUAGGGCUGGAUGUGCCUGAUGCCUUUCCUGAUGCCUCGCUGUUGGUUUGGGGUUGUAGCGUGCAGGUCACCUAGAGCUAGAAGAGAUCCCUCUCCUUAGCCUGGGCCUGAUGGGGUGUUCGUGAGCAGCUUUCUAGCCUUAUUUCUCUGGUGUGUUAUACCUUUAUCUGUUGUGCCCUGCAUGCCUUGGCCAGUCCUGCUUUGUGCUGUAUUUGGCAACAGGGACAAAUGUUUUGGACCAAACAGAACUCAUUUUAUGAAAAGAUACUGGAUGCUAAAUAGAAUUUACUUUUUUGUAGCAUUUUAGCCUGAUUGGAAGUUGUUGCCCCAGUUGUAAUCAAAAUGACAUCUGCUGCAGGGAUGAUGGAAGUUGCUAUUCCUGCUACACUUGGAACAGGGAUGGGUGUUAACACAGGAAGCCUGGCAGGGCAGUGCAGGUCUAGCAGCUGGCUUGGAGGAGGCCAGCCAGCUUGUGGGUGGAAAUAGUGAGCAAGAAACUGAGCCAUUGCUAAGGUUGGAGUGCGAGAUGUUCUAGGACAGGGCUGGGCCUGAUUUUUCUAGAUAUGAGGGGACUUUGUCCUGUGGAGGCUACAAGACUGCUUAUUCUCUGUCCUUUGAGAGUAGGAGUCUACCCUGUUUGGCCAAGAGGUACAUACUGGUUUGGCCUAAACCAUUCACAGCAGUAACCAAGUAAAUGUUUUGGAGGUAAAGAUACUGGGCUCCUAAUUCACAUUUGAUCUCUGCUGGAGUAAGUGAGCAGGACUGAUUUGCUGUGCAGCAGUCAUCUGCUGUGAUGGACAGAGAGGACAAAGGUGCACUUGCUGCAGUGUUUGCUUUAGGAGCUGAGGCUUCCUGGGCAUGCUGUGAGGAGAGAGAAGGCUGAAAGAGCCCAGUGCUCUGCAUCCAGUGCUUCAUCCAUGCAGGCGCCCUGCUCCCCAGCUUCAGCAUGUACAGAGAGCAGUGCAGCUGAUUCUGGCCAUGCUUGUAUCUCCCUAGAGGAAAGGCAAACCCAGCUAAUUUCUCCAGGGAGAAAUGAACUCCAGGCCAGGAACUUGGGAUGGGAUGUGCUUGUGUGCUGGGGCACAAGGCCCGGGCCCUGCAUGCAGCUGCAGAUCCCUUGGCAGGGAGGCCCUGGAGGAGCAAGUGCCAUUCCCAGCCCAGUAGCCAGGAGCAGUGCUGGGAGCUUAGCUGUGCUCCAGGGGGAGAGCAGAGAUUGCUGCAGAUAUCUUGGCUGAACAAGAGCCAGCAGUGUGCCCAGGUAGGCAAGAAGGCCAGUGGCUUCCUGGCUUGUAUCGGAAUCAGUGUUGUCAGCAGGAGCAGGGAAGUGGUUGUCCCUCUGUAUUCAGCACCGGUGAGGCUGUAUCGUGAGUACUGUGUUCAGUUUUGGGCCUCUCACUGCAAGAGAUACAUCAAGGAACUGGAGUGUGUCCAGAGAAGGGCAACGAAGCCCUGGAGCGCAGGGCUUAUGAGGAAUGGCUGAGGGAGCUGGGAUUG